AUGUCUCAUAGUGAAUGUGGGUUCAUGAGAAAAUUGGAAUGGGGCGAAUACAGAAAUGUACGAGAUAGAAUUCCCAAGUAUUGGUACUUAGGACCACUAAAGUCCAAAUUUGCAUAUGUUUUUGCAACUGUUCAGGAAUGGCCACCUGUAUUUAAAGCUCAUCUUGCAUAUCGUCCACCUGUAGAUGUUCCUGAAGAACCAGAGGUUAAUCAACAGCAGUAUAGUUUCUUUAGUCGCUUGUUCUCUUGGAUUUGGAGAACAGAGCAAAAAGAACCAGAAAUUGAAGAAGUUGAGGAGAUUCCUUGGAAAGAGGUUGAUGUAUCAAUGCUUGAGUUCUCUGCUGAAACACAUAAUGAUAAUGUAGAAAAUGCUUUAAAGGUAAAAAAAAACGUGAACAAACAUAAACAUAAUAUGAAGACAGGGGUCCAAAGUCGGAAGAAGUCAUUUCUGGGAGAUCUGGGGGGAUGGGUUCAUUUCCGGAAUCUUUUGACCCCUGUGAAAUAA